AUAGUCAGUCUGCAAUUUCACCUUGCAUUGAAUAAAUUUCUCCAAAUAAAAAAAAUAUUAAUUUCUCUGUGAAAAUAGUAAAAAGAAAUAUAAGAGGUUUCUGUUGCAUUUUGAAGAGGAGCGAGCCAAAUUAUUUGCAAUAAAUUACCUGUGUUGUUUAAAUCUUUUGUGAAAGAAAAAUGAAAUUAAUUCUUAGUCUGUUGCUUGUAAUUUCCCUCUAUAAGGAUUCCGUUGAAGGUUCCUGUCUCAGUUAUGGGCACUCGUGCUGGGGAGCUCAUGGUAAGCGGAGUCCUCCCAGAGUACUACCACGACCGCCACCACAUAUUAACCUACCAACACGAUGGGCUUUACUGAAAAUAAUCCCCGACAAGAAUCUCUUUGAGAUGAAGGCAAAAAUUCAAGGGAACCCCAUGGACAGGAUAAAUGACUCGAGAUUUUUCCGAUCUCUGGCAACAGAUACCGUGGAAAAUGCAGAGGACAUUGACUCCUUGAGACAGACACAAGAUAAUUUUGAUGGUCGUCAGGGCUCUAAUAUUAACUUGAAUAAAUUCUUCGUUGAGAGAGAUUCACGAGAAGCCAAUGAUGUUUCCAGGCCUGAUUUGGAUAAUGAAAUCACUAAUAAUGACCCAAAAGAUGCCAAAUUUUACAAAUUUUCCGACGCCGACACCCCCAAGAUUUUCGUUUAAUUCAACCCCAACGUUGCAGAUCAAGGCACGACGAAGAAUUUUCCUGAUUUUCUUCCCAUCUGAUCAUUACCCAAUUUAUGCAAUAUUAUAAAAAAAGACUUGAAACGCUCUGCAUACCUUUAUUUGUUCCAAAAUCCUUGUACUUUUAUCAUUCUUCGUGUUUUAAAAUUAUCAGUUCAUAAACUGACAUGUAAAAAAAAAAUAAAUGUAAAAAUUAAUUAGACUACGAGAUCAUUUAUUUGAAAGCCUUUCGCAUUUUGAUAGUCAUUGGCUGGUACUAUCAUUAUUGCGAAACGUUUGAUGGAAAUAAUAAUUAUUAAUAUUCUUUAAAGCAGUUCAAAAGAGAUGUUUAAUUGAUGAUAAAGUAUUAGUUCUUCCUAUAUGAAUAUUUAAUAAAUAAGUACCUACCUAAGA